AUGGGAAUCCAAGCACAACCCAAGAUUCCAGUCAUAGAUUUCUGCAAGGAAGAUUUGAAGCCCGGCACACCCGCCUGGCUCUCUGCCUGCAAUGAAGUUAAGCAUGCACUGGAAGAAUACGGCUGUUUUGUGGCACUCUCCAACAACACAGUCUCUCCAGAGCUGCACCAGAAAGUCUUCCAGUCAUCGGAAGAAUUGUUCGAUCUCCCCAGAGAAAUCAAAGCCCAAAACACUUAUGAUAAGCCCUACCAUGGCUACGUUGGCCACCCCGCCGUCCCUCUCCACGAAGGCCUGGGCAUCGAUGACUCCACCGCCCUUGAUGCUGUCCAGGGUUUCACCAACCUCAUGUGGCCCGCUGGGAAACAUGAUUUCUGUGAAAAUGUACACUCUUACUCAAAGCAAGUGGCGGAGUUGGAUCGAAUGGUGUCGCGGAUGAUAUUUGAAAGCUACGGGGUGGAGAGUUACCACGAAGCCCAUGUCGAAUCCACCAUUUAUCUCCUUCGAUUCUUGAAAUACAGAGGACCCGAAGCGCAUGAGAGCAAUUUGGCUUUUAUACCUCACACGGAUAAGAGCUUCCUCACCAUUCUUCACCAAAACGACGUCAAUGGGCUGGAGAUCGAAACCCGGGAUGGAAACUGGAUUGGCUAUGAGUCGCCAUCGCCGCCGAUUUCCUUCGUGGUCAUGGCUGGCGAUGCUUUAAUGGCAUGGAGCAAUGGGAGGGUACAUUCUUCAAGCCAUAGAGUUGUGAUCAACGGGAAGAAAACAAGGCACACUUUGGGCUUGUUUUCAUUCAACAACAACAUAGUUCGAAUCCCAGAAGAGAUGGUGGAUCAGGAGCAUCCUUUACAAUAUAAGCAUUUUAAUCACUAUGGUCUGGUUCAUUUCUAUGGUUCCGAAGAAGGUAAAAAGUUAGGGCAUUCUGUGAUAGCUCUCAAGGCCUACUGUGGCAUAUGA